AUGGAAACCUCAGAUCGAGACGCCUUCUUCCAAACCGAUGCCUCUAAUGCCGAGAGGGAGCGCAAGGCUCUCAAAGCUGGCAACAAAAAUGGAGACCCAAUUGCCAUGAAGUCAAAGAUUCUGGCUGCGGUUCCUGACCCCUUUUCUCCUUCAACCGCCAUUUUCAUCGCGGAAUCGGCAGGCUUUGUCCGCCGCAUAGACCUUGCAUCUGCUGCAACAAAAUCAACCUAUCGAGGACCCAAGGCCCCCGUGACAUGCGUCGCCAUUGGAGGCAGUGGCAACAAGACCGUCUUUGCCGGCUCAUGGGACAAGGACAUUUGGUCUUGGGAUGUCGAGACAGCCCAGCUCGGACGCAAGUUCAGCGGCCACUCGGACUUCAUCAAGGUCGUCAUCUGCACCAAGGUAUCCGGCAAGGAGAUCCUCAUCAGCGGCGGUGCAGACAAGAAGAUCUUGCACCUUGCCAUUGACCCUGUCCUGAGCACGCCUGAUGCCGUGGUCAUCGCGAGUGCGAGUAGUGACCCUCAUAUCCGCCGAUGGAAAAUCACAGCCACUGGCUUCGAGCAGUUGACCGAGGCAUUCCAUGACCGGCCCGACGCCGAGAAGCUCACCAUUGCGGAACACGAGACGAGCGUCUACAAGCUGGUAUACGACCUCGAUAGCGAGGAGGGCGAUCUCUGGACGGCUAGUGCAGACGGCACCGCCAAAUGUCUCGCUCGGGCUCGCAACUUUGAGGCCGACGAUGUCUUUACACAUGGAGACUACGUCCGCGCCGUGAUUCCUACGGAAAGCUGGGUCAUCACCGCGGGACGAGACGAGAAUGUCAAGGUCUGGGACAGGUCUUCAGGCAAGCUGUACUGCACGCUGGAGGGACACUACGAGGAAGUGACGGAUCUGAUCCUGCUGCGUAACUCGCGAGGAUUACCUGAAAAGGUUUGCAGUGUCAGCAUCGAUGGCACCAUUCGUACGUGGCCUCUGAGCAAGGGCGAGUUGGACGAGGUCGUCAAGAAUAUUGAAGAGUCCAAGAAGCCGGUAGAACAAGAGGCUGAGCCGGAGUCGGGUAACAUGUUGACCGCAGAGGAGGAGGCAGAAUUAGCUGAACUGAUGGAUGAUUGA